UUGAUGAUUGCUAAUAUUUCGGCUGAUUUUGUUACUUGUAAUGCACAAAGUUUGCAACCUUCGAGUAGAAAGAUUAUUUGUAAGGAAAUUAAUGAUGAAGGAUUUACAUUCUUUACGAAUGGUCAAUCAAGAAAGGGAAUUGAUAUUCAGACAAAUAAUAAGGUAGCUCUCAAUUUUAUGUUUACAUUGCCAAUUAUUAGACAAGUCAGAGUUGAAGGAAUUGCCCAUCAAGUUUCCAGAGAAAAGGUCAUUGAAAAUUAUAAGAAUGAAGUUCCAGAAUAUCGAGUUAAUAUUAACACAUGUCCUCAAUCAGAUCGAUGUGAAAUGGGAAGAGAAGGCAUGUGGGAGAAGUUUGAAGAAAAUUCCCAUAAGGAUUUAUCAGAAUGUCCAGAUUAUUGGUGUGGAUACAUUGUCAAACCAACACGUUUCGAAUUCUAUCAGGAAGGUCUUCACAGAAUGGCUGACAGAAUUGUCUAUGAAAAGAAUACUGAU